AGCAGAGAGAACUGCGGCCGUGGCAGCGGCACGGCUCCCAGCCCCGGAGCAUGCGCGACAGCCGCCCCGGAGCCCCCAGCCGCGGCUCCCCGCGUCCUGCCGCCAGAUGAGCCCACCGAGGCUCAAGCUCCGGGCGGAUUCUGCGUGCCGCUCUCGCUCCUUGGGGUCUGUUGGCCGGCCUGUGCCACCCGGACGCCCGGCUCACUGCCUCUGUCUCCCCCAUCAGCGCAGCCCCGGACGCUAUGGCCCACCCCUCCAGCUGGCCCCUCGAGUAGGAUGGUAGCACGCAACCAGGUGGCAGCCGACAAUGCGAUCUCCCCGGCAGCAGAGCCCCGACGGCGGUCAGAGCCCUCCUCGUCCUCGUCUUCGUCCUCGCCAGCGGCCCCCGUGCGUCCCCGGCCCUGCCCGGCGGUCCCAGCCCCAGCCCCUGGCGACACUCACUUCCGCACCUUCCGCUCCCACUCCGAUUACCGGCGCAUCACGCGGACCAGCGCGCUCCUGGACGCCUGCGGCUUCUAUUGGGGACCCCUGAGCGUGCACGGGGCGCACGAGCGGCUGCGUGCCGAGCCCGUGGGCACCUUCUUGGUGCGCGACAGUCGCCAACGGAACUGCUUCUUCGCGCUCAGCGUGAAGAUGGCUUCGGGCCCCACGAGCAUCCGCGUGCACUUCCAGGCCGGCCGCUUCCACUUGGACGGCAGCCGCGAGACCUUCGACUGCCUUUUCGAGCUGCUGGAGCACUACGUGGCGGCGCCGCGCCGCAUGUUGGGGGCCCCGCUGCGCCAGCGCCGCGUGCGGCCGCUGCAGGAGCUGUGUCGCCAGCGCAUCGUGGCCGCCGUGGGUCGCGAGAACCUGGCGCGCAUCCCUCUUAACCCGGUACUCCGUGACUACCUGAGUUCCUUCCCCUUCCAGAUCUGACCGGCUGCCGCUGUGCCGCAGCAUUAAGUGGGGGCGCCUUAUUAUUUCUUAUUAUUAAUUAUUAUUAUUUUUCUGGAACCACGUGGGAGCCCUCCCCGCCUGGGUCGGAGGGAGUGGUUGUGGAGGGUGAGAUGCCUCCCACUUCUGGCUGGAGACCUCAUCCCACCUCUCAGGGGUGGGGGUGCUCCCCUCCUGGUGCUCCCUCCGGGUCCCCCCUGGUUGUAGCAGCUUGUGUCUGGGGCCAGGACCUGAAUUCCACUCCUACCUCUCCAUGUUUACAUAUUCCCAGUAUCUUUGCACAAACCAGGGGUCGGGGAGGGUCUCUGGCUUCAUUUUUCUGCUGUGCAGAAUAUCCUAUUUUAUAUUUUUACAGCCAGUUUAGGUAAUAAACUUUAUUAUGAAAGUUUUUUUUUAAAAGAAACAAA